AGAUUAAGAGAAUGGCAGGCAUGGAAAUGAGUCCAUAACCUCCAGUACCUUGGUUUCAGAGUCCCACUGAAAAUGUGGAAGAUGGCAUUAGUCACCUACCAGUUGAUGCCUUAAGCUUUGACCUGUCUUAAAAUGAAUAAAUAGUUAAAAAAACCCCUCCAAACCCCAAACAAAAACCCAAAAAUCUCCACAGGUUCCCCUCCCCCAUCUAUUUGGAAAUAUGGCCUUAGCCCAGAGAUUUCUGAAGACAACAAUUAUAAUUCUGCAUUUACAGUGGGAGCUGUUGUGUAACAAAAAAGCUGUGUUUUGUCCAUGGAUAAAAGUUAGCAUAAAGUGAAACUUAAAAUUCAGAUUGUCCCCUGAGCAAUCCAGUUGAGACGGGAGCAUUUCCAGUCACGGGUGAGUUUGUUAUUUCUGUGCCUCUGCCAUGACUUUUGUCACUGUUUUACAUGAUGUGUUGUGGUUCACUCUGGUCUCCCAGUUUCAGUUGCAGCUGGAGAAUCAUUUCAGUUGGAGUGUGUUCCUGGUGGAUAAGCCAUGCCUGUGUCAGCUGAUGAACCUGGGGGGGACCCAGCUGGGAGAGAGCCAGGUCAAACUCCAGCUGGAACUGAGGGACCACAAGAAGCACCGACUGCACAGAACGUGAAAGCUCGACAGGCCGUGUCGCGGAUCAGCCGCGAGGAGCUGGAGGACAGAUUCCUUCGGAUCAGCGACGACCACCUCCUGCUCAAACAGCAUGCAAACAGACAGGAGGAGAAAAUUAAAAGAAUGACCACCAAGUUAAUGCGGCUUGUUAACGACAAAAGAAAAGCCGAGCAGGCAGGGGGUGGGCCCAGGAGGCUGGGCCAGGCCCUGGAGCUGGAGGAGAUGAUGGAGCAUCUGCAAGAGAGAGUUCGUGAGCUGGAGAAACAGAACGAGAACCUGCGCAACAAACUCAUCUCCACCAAGCAGCAGCUGCAGAUCCAGGGCCACAGGGCCUGUCCCUACAGCCACGUCCAGGCCCGCGUCAACUCCGGGCUCAGGAAAGGCACCGAGGCUUCUGGCACGCCCGAGCACGCCAAGAGAGGAAUGAGACUUCAGAAUUUAGAAGUGAGAUCAUCUGACCUUGUGCUCCCAAAAUAUGGACAGAGUCUGCUUGAGGAUUCAAGGGCUGAAAUAAGGAAUUUGGAGACUGUGAUUGACUCCCAAAGGAAACACAUCGAGGAACUAGAACAUGCCAGAGAGAUCCUUGUGAGUCAGCUGAGGAGGAAAGAAAAGGAGAUUGAAGACUCUCUCCUGAGGCUGAAAGAGCAAGGCACAGCAAGCCAAAGGCUAAACAUUCAGGACAACGUGGAGAUGAUCAAGGUCCGUAAACAGCUGGCUGAGAAAAGCAAUGCUCUUUCAGCUAUGGAAGGAAAAUUCCUCCAGCUUCAGGAGAACCUAAAGAAUUUGAGGACCAACCACGAUGCUUUAUUAGCCAAAGGUGAUGAACUGAAUGCACAACUUAAAGAGGAAAGGUUAAAGUGCUUCCAUCUUCAAAAAGAGUUGCAAUCAGUAACUAUUUCAAACAGGAGGACAGAAGAGUUACAGGAAAGAAUAAAUUAUCUAGAAAAAGAGAAUGAACUCUUGAAGGAAAACUAUGAUAAGCUGCAUAAUAGUGUCUUCAGCCUGCCCUACGACCAGCAGUGGAAAUCCAAGGAGCAGCAGCUGAAACUGCAGAUUGCCAAACUAGAGACAGCUAUCAAGUCUGAUUUAGCAGACAAAAAUGAGAUCCUUGACAAGAUUAAAGUAGAAAGAGACCAAAAGGAAAAGCUGAUGCAAGACAACAAGGACCUGCAGUUAUGCUACCUGGAACAAAAGCAACAACUAGAUGAUCUGAAAAAUCAAGUAAAGUCUUUGACCAAGGAAGGUGAUGUUGAUGUGGCAGAACUCAACGAAGCUCUCUUGCUUAUAAAGGAUCGGAAGCAGCAGAAGAAUGGGGACCCUCUGCUUUUGGAAAAACCAGAAGAUGAGAUCCAUAAGGAUUCAGAACACUCCAUAAGGGAGCUGCAGUUAACACAUGCAGAAACAGUGCAAGAACUUGAAAAGACAAGGAAUAUGUUAAUUAUGCAGCACAAAAUUAGCAAAGAUUACCAGACUGAAGUAGAAACAAUGACUAAAAAGCUGGAAAGGAUACAGAAAGACUAUGAGUUCAAACUGGAACAGGAUGCCCACCUUCUUGAUAUCAGAGCUGCACGGAUCAGAAAACUAGAAGCCCAACUAAGAGAUAUCAUCUAUGAUGCAAAAUCACCUAAGUCCAGACCAGAAAUAUCACCAGGUGAUCCCAUGGAUGGAUUUGUUGAAACUAUUCAUUUAGAGAAAGGAGAGAACCUUCUUGAAAUUCAUAUCAGCAAAGUGAUCUUCUCUCCCGAAGCCAUGCAGGCUUUUGGUGACCAGGAACCUGCAACCUUCUGUACUUAUGCCUUCUAUGACUUUGAGCUUCAGAUCAGCCCAGUAGUCCGUGGAGGUGCCCCAUGCUUUGACUUCACUUCCCAGUUCCUGGUGCAGGCUGAUGACACCUUGUGCCACUACCUCCAGCACAGCAGCGUCCCCCUGGAGCUGCACCGCGCCCAGGGCGUCGAGUACCAAACCCUGGCUGCCUGCCACCUCAGCCUGCAGGGGACCCUGGAGAGCAACAGCAGGAUCCACAGCACAGCACAUUUAGUUGGAAAACCAGGACAUGUUCAAAAUUACGGUACCAUAGAAUACUGGGUCAGGUUACAAGUUCCUAUGGAUCAAGCCAUUAUUCCUUACAAACAGACAUCCAGUUUUAGGGAACAUGAACAACCAUCCCAGAAACCAACCCCCAGACGGAGGCAGCGAGCAGCAGGAGCAGACAGGAGAGUCUCUUUUCUGGAUCCCAGUACCAGACAGGGAGCACGUGUGGUGCAGGAGGUUCAACAGCCAUCAGAGGAUCAGGGGAAGGAGGUGGCUGAAGGAAUUCAGCAGGGAAAAGAAGAGCUCUCCCAUCUCUCUGAGCAGCAGUUACCUGAGCAAACAGCAGCUCCUUCUGCAGAUGAGACAGAAGUCAUUGAAGAACUGGAACCAGAAGAUCAAGAUGAUAGACAAGAGGAUGAUGCUGUUGAAUCAAUAAAAACUGACAGUGAUGACUGUAUCAUUUCAAGUCCAGUAUCCACAAAUAUUAAACAGCUGAAUCAGAGUGUAUAUGGCAAUGUGGAAGCGGAAAAAAUCCGGAUUAAAAUCACGUCCCUUGCUCUGAGUGACUCACGGGUUACCUCGGAUGAAACCAUCCAGCAGCUGUUUGUGGAGUGCAGAUUAAACCAUUUCCUGGCAGAGGAGACCCCCCUGUCACUCCCCAAGCCCAGGGCUGGCCAGAGGAUUCACUAUAACUACAGCACAGUGAUAAAUGUGGAUAAGGCACAUAAUGGUGCAGAAAGAGAGUAUCUCAAGUCGAUUCUUCUGAAGGCAGAUCCACCUGCUGACAGCCUAAAGUUUACAGUGGUCAGUGAUCCCCCAGAAGACGAGCAGGACCUGGAAUGUGAGGAUAUUGGUUUUGCUUAUGUCAGUUUGAAAGAGAUAUUCCAGAAGCAAAGAGAUAUCAUUGAGCAAGAUAUUGAUGGUAAGUUUUAAAGAUCUCUUUUUUGUUGACUUUUGUGGCCUAAAAAUUGCCCCUUGAAUUUCUGCUUUUCCUUGCAAGACUUACUGUGCAAGUAAUUGUUGGACAUUGUUUCAGUCUGAAAUGCUUUGAUAUUAACUCCUGGCUUCCACAUUUGUUUGCAGAAGUCUGCAAAGGCAGGACCCU